AUAAAUAAAUAAAUAAAAAACACAAUAAUAUCACGUGGGCACGUGAAUUCAUUCAACCAUAAUCACCGGUGCGGACAGGAACAAGUUUCGGUUCUGAAAGACACGUAUUUAUUUAUUCAUUCCCGUUAUAAUACACCACAAUGGCCGAAGGAUCUGGUGAUGAUUUGGCCACAGCCAUUCUUCGUAAGAAGGAAAGGCCAAACAGGCUGUUGGUGGAAGAGGCCAUCAAUGAAGACAACUCCGUGGUUUCACUCUCACAGAAAAAAAUGGACGAGUUACAGUUAUUUCGCGGUGACACAGUACUGCUUAAAGGCAAGCGACGUAAAGAGACAGUGUGUAUUGUUUUGUCAGAUGAUACAGUUACAGAUGAUAAAAUCAGAAUAAACAGAUGUGUCAGAAAUAACCUGAGAGUGAGGCUUGGAGAUAUUGUCAGUAUACAAGCUUGUCCCGAUGUAAAAUAUGGAAAGAGGAUUCAUGUUCUGCCGAUAGAUGACACAGUUGAAGGCCUGGCAGGGAACUUAUUUGAAGUGUUCCUGAAGCCAUACUUUCUUGAAGCCUACAGACCAAUUAAGAAGGGUGACAUAUUUAUUGUACGAGGAGGCAUGAGGGCUGUAGAGUUCAAAGUGAUUGAGACAGACCCAUCGCCAUACUGUAUUGUAGCCCCAGACACAGUCAUUCACUGUGAGGGAGAACCCGUCAAAAGAGAGGAGGAGGAAGAAGCAAUGAAUGAAGUUGGUUAUGACGACAUUGGAGGCUGCCGUAAACAGCUGGCCCAGAUCAAGGAAAUGGUGGAGCUCCCUCUCCGACACCCACAGUUGUUCAAGGCCAUCGGGGUCAAGCCUCCCAGAGGUAUUUUGCUGUAUGGACCCCCAGGAACUGGUAAAACUCUAGUAGCCAGGGCAGUGGCCAAUGAGACCGGAGCUUUCUUCUUUCUCAUUAAUGGUCCUGAAAUCAUGAGCAAGCUGGCUGGAGAGUCUGAGAGCAAUUUAAGGAAGGCUUUUGAGGAGGCAGAGAAAAACUCCCCAGCUAUCAUCUUCAUUGAUGAACUGGAUGCCAUUGCUCCAAAGAGAGAAAAGACCCAUGGUGAGGUUGAAAGGAGAAUUGUAUCCCAACUGCUCACACUGAUGGACGGCCUGAAGCAGCGAGCUCACGUCAUCGUCAUGGCUGCCACAAACAGACCAAACAGCAUUGAUGGUGCUCUCAGACGCUUUGGUCGAUUUGACAGAGAAGUUGACAUUGGUAUUCCUGAUGCUACUGGUCGCCUAGAAAUCCUCAGAAUCCACACCAAGAACAUGAAACUGUCUGAUGAUGUGGAUCUUGAACAGGUUGCAUCUGAGACCCAUGGUCAUGUUGGCGCUGACUUGGCUGCCUUGUGUUCAGAAGCUGCCCUGCAGCAGAUCAGAGAAAAGAUGGAUCUAAUUGACUUGGAGGAUGAGCACAUUGAUGCGGAGGUUCUUGAUUCUCUGGCUGUAAACAUGGAUGACUUCCGUUGGGCCCUGAGCAAGAGCAACCCAAGCGCCCUUAGGGAGACUGCCGUUGAGGUGCCUACUGUUACCUGGGAUGAUGUUGGAGGUUUAGAGAAUGUUAAACGUGAACUGCAGGAACUUGUACAGUAUCCAGUGGAGCAUCCAGAGAAGUUCUUGAAGUUUGGUAUGACGCCAUCGAAGGGAGUGUUGUUCUAUGGACCACCUGGUUGUGGUAAAACCCUUCUGGCCAAGGCCAUCGCUAACGAGUGCCAGGCAAACUUCAUCUCAGUCAAGGGGCCAGAAAUGUUGACCAUGUGGUUUGGAGAAUCAGAGGCCAACGUUAGAGAAAUCUUUGACAAGGCGAGGUCAGCAGCUCCAUGUGUUCUGUUCUUUGAUGAGUUGGAUUCCAUCGCUAAGUCCAGAGGUGGCAAUGCCGGAGAUGGAGGUGGUGCAGCAGACAGAGUGAUCAACCAGCUGCUCACAGAGAUGGACGGUAUGAACGCAAAGAAGAAUGUCUUCAUUAUAGGUGCAACUAACAGGCCAGACAUCAUUGAUCCUGCCAUCCUGCGUCCAGGCAAAACUCUUAAAGAAAAAACAUGUGAAGGUUUACCGGAUAACGCGCUGCUUACCAUAGGGUCGUCCAUUGAAGGUAUAUCGACUAAUGCGCUGCUUACCACUGGGUCGUCCAGUGAAGGUAUAUCGGAUAAUUCGCUGCUUACCACUGGGUCGUCCAGUGAAGGUAUACCGGAUAACGCGCUGCUUACCAUAGGGUCGUCCAGUGAAGGUAUACCGGAUAAUGCGCUGCUUACCAUAGGGUCGUCCAGUGAAGGUAUAUCGGAUAAUGCGCUGCUUACCACUGGGUCGUCCAGUGAAGGUUUACCGGAUAAUGCGCUGCUUACCAUAGGGUCGUCCAUUGAAGGUAUACCGGAUAAUGCGCUGCUUACCACUGGGUCGUCCAAUGAAGGUAUACCGGAUACUGCGCUGCUUACCAUAGGGUCGUCCAGUGAAGGUAUACCGGAUAAUGCGCUGCUUACCAUAGGGUCGUCCAGUAAAGGUAUACCGGAUAAUGCGCUGCUUAACAAUGGGUCGUCCAGUGAAGGUAUAUCGGAUAAUGCGCUGUUUACCACUGGGUCGUCCAGUGAAGGUAUACCAGAUAAUGCGCUGCUUACCAUGCGGUCGUCCAGUAAAGGUUUACCGGAUAAUGCGCUGCUUACCAUAGGGUCGUCCAGUGAUGGUAUACCGGAUAAUGCGCUGCUUACCACUGGGUCGUCCAGUGAAGGUAUACCGGAUAAUGCGCUGCUUACCACUGGGUCGUCCAGUGAAGGUAUACCAGAUAAUGCGCUGCUUACCACUGGGUGGCCAAGAGGUUUACCGGAUAAUGCGCUGCUUACCACUGGGUCGUCCAGUGAAGGUAUACCGGAUAACGCGCUGCUUACCACUGGGUCGUCCAGUGAAGGUAUAUCGGAUAAUGCGCUGCUUACCACUGGUCGUCCAGUGAAGGUAUACCGGAUAAUGCGCUGCUUACCAUGCGGUCGUCCAGUGAAGGUUUACCGGAUAAGGCGCUGCUUACCACUGGGUAGCCAAGAGAAGGUUUACCGGAUAAUGCGCUGCUUACCACUGGGUCGUCCAGAGAAGGUAUACCGAAUAAUGCGCUGCUUACCACUGGUCGUCCAGUGA